UUAAAUCUGCAAGGUUUUAGUUACAGCGGCUUUCAUGCUUGACAAUGGAGAACCUUAGAAAUUGCGUGAGUUUGUUGUGUAUAAUAAUGAUUACGUUGAUUGUGGUUCUGAUGUUGCAUGCUACGCCAUGUAUUUGUUACACUUCGUAUGUGUUUGGAGACUCCUUGGUUGAUGCUGGAAACAAUGACUAUAUUUUCACCCUCUCAAAGGCAGACUCUCCUCCUUAUGGCAUCGACUUUGCGCCUUCUGGUGGCAAACCCACCGGAAGAUUCACCAAUGGUCGAACCAUAUCCGAUAUUAUAGGUGAAGCUCUUGGGAACAAGUCAUUUCCUCCACCUUACCUAUCCCCUGACUCAUUAUCUAAUGCAGUUUUAGGAGGAUUAAAUUAUGCUUCUGGAGCUUCUGGAAUCCUCGAUCAAACAGGAACCUUGUUUAUAGGAAGAAUCUCGCUAGGAGCCCAAAUCAGCUAUUUUGAGCAAACUAGAACUUAUAUGGUGCGUGCAAUGGGAGAAAAUGGAACAAGGACAUUCUUAAGCAAGGCUCUUUUCUCUCUUACAAUUGGAUCCAAUGAUGUUUUAAACUAUUUCCAACCAUCCAUUCCAUUUUUCGAGGAAAUCAAGGUUUCUCCUACCGUGUUCCAAGACUUUAUGAUUUCCAACUUGACAGUACAACUUAAGCGACUACAUGGCUUAGGGGCUAGGAAAUUUGUGGUAGUUGGGGUUGGACCUCUUGGGUGCAUACCAUUUGUUCGUGCCCUUCGUCUUGUGGCUAGUGGAAAAUGUUCAGUGGAGGUGAAUACAUUGAUUCAAGGUUACAAUAGAAAGCUAAGUGCAUUGCUUCAGCAUUUAAAUCAAGAGUUGGGACCAGAAGCUAUGUUUGUUUAUGCAAAUUCUUAUGAUGUUGUUACGGGGAUCAUACAAAAUUAUCGCCACUACGGAUUUGAUAAUGGAGAAGAUCCGUGUUGUGGAGGAUAUUUUCCACCAUAUGUGUGCUUUAAGGGAAGUAAUGCAAACAUGAGUUCCACUCUGUGUGACAAUCGAUCAAAGUAUGUGUUUUGGGAUGCAUAUCACCCAACCGAAGCGGCUAAUAUCAUCAUUUCAGAAAAAUUAUUGAACGGUGAUCAAAGAUUUUGCUCUCCACUCAACAUUCACAAGCUUUACAGCUAUAAUCUUCCCUCCUGGCCUAUGGAAUGAAAUAUUUUGUAGUUAUUUAUCCAUACAUAUGCUUAUGUUAUAUACCAAUAUUCUAUAUGUGUGUGUGUUUUCACAUACAUGCAUAUAUAUGUACUUUGUUAAUCAAUGCCACUCGUGAAUAAUAGCCAUAAGAGAAGCCUCUACUUUUAUUUGGACAAAUAUAGCAA